AUGAACACUCCCUCGACAAUCCUCUCCGCCAUUCCCCGCCGCCUCCACACCCAACCCGACCAUCCCCUGACCAUCACCCGCCAACUCAUCGAAUCCCGCUUUCCAGGCUACAAAACACACAACUCACUCUUCCCCAUCGUCACUACCCACCAGAACUUUGAUUCUUUGGGCUUUCCCCCGGACCAUGUAGGCCGCUCUAGGACAGACACGUAUUACCUGAAUGAGAAGACGGUGCUCCGGACACACACCUCCGCGCACCAGGCCGAUACCUUUCGGAAAGAUGAAGCAGAUGGAUUCCUGAUCAGCGCGGACGUGUACAGGAGGGAUGCUAUCGAUCGUAGUCACUACCCUGUGUUCCACCAGAUGGAGGGCGCGCGGACGUGGGAUCGGCGGCUCGCCGAGAAGCAGGGCAAGACGCUCGCCCAAGUCAUCUGGGAGAACGUGGAGAAAAUCCCUAAACACACCGUCGAAGUCUCUGACCCGAAUCUUACCAUCCAUCCUGAACGCAACCCGCUGCAGGACGGCCACUCCGCCGACGAAACAGAGGCCAUAGCCGCGCAUCUCAAACGCUCCCUCGAGGACGUCGUCGUCGCAAUAUUCAAUGCAGCGAGGUCCGCCUCCACAGAUGCAGGCUCUGCAGAAGAGCCCCUGAAGGUCCGCUGGGUGGAAGCCUACUUCCCUUUCACCUCGCCGUCCUGGGAGCUCGAGGUCUUCUGGCAGGGCGACUGGCUCGAGGUGCUUGGGUCCGGCAUCGUGCAGCAGUCCAUCCUAAACAACGCGGGCGUCUCGCACCGUGUGGGCUGGGCGUUUGGCCUCGGUCUCGAGCGCAUCGCCAUGUUGCUGUACGGCAUCCCAGACAUCCGCCUGUUCUGGAGCCAGGACACCCGCUUCCUGUCGCAAUUCAAGGCGGCCGAGCCGCCCCAGCGGUUCGUCCCCUUCAGCAAGUACCCCGCCUGCUUCAAGGACGUGUCCUUCUGGCUGCGCACGUCGAGCAGCGCUGGCGGCGGCGCCGCCCCAAGCGCAUCCACAUCUACAUCUGGAUUCCACGAAAACGACGUCAUGGAGAUCGCGCGCGAGGUCUGCGGCGACGUCGUCGAGGACGUCCGCCUGACGGAUGAAUUCGUGCAUCCCAAAACCGGGCGCCGUAGCGUGUGCUACCGCGUCAACUACCGCCACCUGGAGCGCACGCUCACCAACGAGGAGGCCAACGAGCUGCAUGAGCGCUUCCGUGGGGAGCUCGUCGACAAACUGGGCGUGGAGCUGCGGUAA